AUGGCCCCGACCCUGCUCCAGAAGCUCUUUAACAAAAGGGGCAGUGGCGGCAGCGCGGCGGCGGCGUCCGCCCAGGGCAGGGCGCCCAAGGAAGGACCCGCCUUCAGUUGGUCAUGUUCAGAGUUGGAUGUAAGUGAGAUUCGCCUGAUUGUGUACCAGGACUGUGAGAGGAGAGGCAGACAAGUCUUAUUUGAUUCCAAAGCUGUUCAAAAGCUGGAAGAGGUGGCAGCCCAGAAAACAGAAGAUAUUCCUGUUAAAAUGUCAGCCAAGUGCUGUCAAGGAGGCAGCAGUGACAACAACAGUGUCAGCAGCAGCAGUAGCAGCAGCAGCAGCAGCAAUAGUAUCUUUUCUCAUAGUUCUUCUGGAGGGUCUUUACCACAAACCAAGGAGCAGCUUCCAAAGUACCAGUACACAAGACCAGCUUCUGACAUCAACAUGCUGGGGGAAAUGAUGUUCGGCUCAGUUGCAAUGAGCUACAAAGGCUCUACCUUAAAGAUACACUAUAUACGUUCUCCUCCCCAACUAAUGAUUAGUAAAGUUUUCUCUGCUAGAAUGGGUAGCUUCUGUGGAAGUACAAAUAAUUUGCAAGACAGCUUUGAGUACAUCAACCAAGAUUCUCAUAUAGGAAAACUGAACGCAAAUCAGAAUGGUUUGGGGCCUGGUCGUACUGGAAGUAACUUAGCACAUAGCACACCAGUUGAUAUGCCAAGCAGAGGACAGAAUGAAGACAGGGACAGUGGCAUUGCUCGAUCAGCCUCACUAAGCAGCCUUUUGAUCACACCUUUCCCCUCUCCAAGCUCCUCUACAUCCUCUUCGAGCAGUUAUCAGCGCCGCUGGCUUCGAAGUCAGACAACAAGUUUGGAAAAUGGCAUCAUUCCAAGGAGAUUGACUGAUGAAACAUUUAGUUUGGCUGAAGAAACCUGUAAUUCAAAUCCAGCCAUGGUUAGGAGGAAAAAAAUUGCCAUCAGCAUCAUCUUUUCCCUGUGUGAGAAAGAAGAAGCACAACGGAACUUCCAGGACUUCUUUUUUUCUCAUUUCCCCUUGUUUGAAUCUCACAUGAACAGACUGAAAAGUGCAAUUGAAAAGGUCAUGAUCUCCUGUAGGAAGAUAGCAGAAUCAGGUCUACGCGUCCAGUUUUAUGUCAGCCGCCUGAUGGAGGCUCUGGGAGAAUUCAGAGGGACUAUCUGGAAUUUAUAUUCUGUUCCAAGGAUAGCUGAACCAGUAUGGCUUACCAUGAUGUCAAGCACUUUGGAAAAAAACCACCUGUGCCAGCGCUUUCUCAAGGAAUUUACAAUUUUGAUAGAACAAAUCAACAAGAACCAGUUUUUUGCUGCCUUGCUGACUGCAGUGUUAACCUACCACCUGGCCUGGGUACCAACCGUCAUGCCUGUUGACCACCCUCCCAUUAAAGCUUUCUCAGAGAAGCGCACCUCUCAGUCAGUGAACAUGUUGGCCAAAACACAUCCUUAUAAUCCUCUCUGGGCACAGCUAGGUGACCUUUAUGGAGCCAUAGGCUCUCCAGUGAGAUUGACUCGUACUGUGGUUGUGGGGAAGCAAAAGGAUUUGAUCCAGCGCAUUCUUUAUGUUCUGACCUACUUUCUCCGUUGCUCUGAGCUACAAGAGAACCAGUUGACCUGGAGUGGUAACCACAGUGAAGGUGACCAAGUUUUAAAUGGGAGCAAGAUUAUGACAGCCUUGGAGAAAGGAGAGGUGGAAGAGUCCGAAUAUGUAGUAGUUACAGUGAGAAAUGAGCCUGCUCUUGUACCCCCCAUCCUACCACAAGUGAUGACUGAGCGGAGGCAUCCUGGGCCCACGUGGUUAGCUGGGACCUCAGAAAGCACUGAUACUAGAGAUCUGAGUCCCAAACCUGAUAGAGAAGGAAUCAAAAAGCCAGAGAAGAAUUCUGAGACUUACAGCAUAGGAUUCCAAGAGCCAGCACUAGACACUUCUUGGAAACCUCAGGGCACAUCUUGUGGUGAUGAAGAGAAUGAACAAGAGGCACUACAAGGAAGCUCUUCAAGAUUUCACUGUUGUGAGGUUCCUGGGGCAGGAAUGAUGAAUCAACAAACUGUCCAAGAGCCGUUGAAAGGAGAGAUGCUAAAGAAAGUAUCAGACCAGCCAACAGCCUGGUCCUGCCCUGACAGAUGUUCCUGGAAGGAGCCUCCCAUGGGAAAGGUCACUUUCCAAAUUGGAAGCUCUGUAUCUCCUGAAUCUGACUUUGAAAGCCGCACCAAAAAAAUGGCAGAAAGGCUAAAAGCCUGUGAACAGUAUCCAGAGGGAGCCAGUGCUUUGGCUGAGUCAGCUCAGAACCAGCAGGGCUCUGGGAGCACCUUCAAUGCUGGCUUUCAGAGUGUCAGCGUUCCUCAGAACAGGCCUUCUGAUGAGAAGGAAGGUGAAUCUGACUGGAGAUUUACUGAGGACAGAGGCACCAGAACCAGAACCAUGGCAGAUGCUGUGGGGCUGCUCAGCCAAGCUGUUGGCACACUUGUACCCUCUGACAGUGCACAGGGAACUGGCAGGAGAACUCUGGAGCAAACAGUAGGUUUGCACUUGAAAAGCAAGGAAAGACCUUCACCAGAGCCUGUUGCAAAUACAUGUGGACUUCAGGAUUCUAGCUUCCUGGUUGCUGCAGAUGUCCCCUGUGGGGAUACCAACAGGAAGGCUGACUUUAGCAUGGAAGGAGACAUUCCCAGGAACGAAAGCUCUGACAGUGCUCUUGGAGAUAGUGAUGAUGAAGCAUGCAUUUUAGCCACACUGGGCCUAGCUCACAGUGGUGAUAGGACUGAUGGGUCCUUGGAAGUGGAGUUGCCUCUGCCAAGGUCUCACAGCAUCAGCAAUCCAAAUGUAAGAAACUUUGGCCGCUCACUCCUGGCAGGUUACUGUCCUACAUACAUGCCUGAUAUGGUGCUUCAUGGGACCAGCAGUGAUGAGAAACUGAAGCAGUGUCUGAUGGCUGAUCUGGUUCAUACAGUGCAUCAUCCAGUGCUGGAUGAGCCAGUAGCUGAGGCUGUCUGCAUUAUUGCAGAUACGGACAAGUGGAGCGUCCAGGUGGUCACAAGUCAGAGGAAGGUGAUAGACAACAUGAAGCUGGGCCAAGAGGUUUUGGUUUCUAGUCAGGUGUCCAGUUUACUUCAGUCCGUUUUACAGCUGUACAAGCUUCAUCUCUCUGCUGAUUUUUGCAUCAUGCAUCUUGAAGACAGAUUACAAGAGAUGUACCUUAAAAGUAAAAUGCUUUCUGAAUAUCUUCGGGGACACACAAGAGUACAUGUGAAAGAAUUGGGUGUUGUGCUGGGGAUUGAAUCUAAUGACCUGCCUCUGUUGACUGCAAUUGCCAGCACUCAUUCUCCUUAUGUGGCUCAAAUACUUUUAUAAACUAAUGCUCAGGACAAUUUUUCUUGAAACAAGAAAAACAAAUUCUCAACUGAAGGACAAAUGAACCUGGCCUCGGUGACAUCAAAAGCAUAAGAGGAGAAGAUAAGGAGUCAUUCCACCAUUUGCUUUGUUGCUUUCAAGUGGAUGCUUCAUUGGGAGACUUAGGUUUACUGGACACAAUUGCAUUUGUGAUUUUCAAAAACACUUUGGAUCUUUUGUUACCUGUGAAUCAGCAGAGUGUUAUUUCUGGUCAGGGGAGACAUAAGCACUACACUAAACACUAAGCAGUUGUUGCAGAUAGCCUUGUGUUGUUUGGACAGAAUAAUGACGAGCAAUUUGGAGUAGAGUGCAAACUGUGUAAGUAACAUUCCAGCAGGGUGAGGCUGUAACCUGGAGAGAACACAGUGCACUAUUGUAAGACAGGCAGAAUAAGGACUUUGAUUUUCACAGGUGACAAGAAGGAAGCCAAAUUAUGCCAUUAUCGCCCCGUGGCUCUAGCAGCUGCUGUUUGAUAUGAAAGGGGAUUGUCUGUUGGAAAAACAGUGCUGUAGGGACCUAGUGCUCUCACUGAGUUCUCAGAGUUUACUCUCAGAGGCAGCUACAGGUAAGUCAGAGGUGGAUUGCUGGUGCAAUAACCCAAGAGCCAAUGUAGC